CCCGUCCCGACCUCCGCGAUCCGAGUCGACUGCUGCUCCAGGCGUGCGCGCGAGCAGCCCCGUCCCGUUCCGUCUCCAGAUCCUCCGUCUCCGCGCCUUGCCUGCCUGCGCCUGUGCUUGUGCUUGUGCCUAGUACCUCUAUACCUAACCCCAACACCUCGAAACGCGACCACAAACCGGCCGCCCCGACCGACCGACCGAUCGCCCCAGCGCCAGCGCCAGUCCCAGUCCCGUCCAAGGCCGGAAGACUCCCGUAGUCGUCGUCAACGUGGGCGCGUGGUGCUACACUUUCCUUACACAUCCACCUACACAACCACACAACCACCAUGAACUCCGUAACAACCUCGACAAUAGGCCGCCUGGCCCUCGGUGUUUCGCGCCUCAGCGCCGUGCGCCACGCCAGCACACACCCCACCACUGCGAUCCCAAAACCGACCACAGCCGUUCUCAAGACAAGCCCAUUGGCCGAGGAGACGGCUGUCGAGCUCAAGAGCCCAUCCAGGCUGCAGCUCAAGUCAGAGCCAGGAAACAAGGGAAACCCCAAGGGCCAUGGCGAUCGCAUCUGGGCCUUCCACCACAUUGAGCAAGGCCAGGUGAUCUACUCGACCAAGCCUGUUAUCUCUCACCAACACCUCAUCCGCCAACAACCUUUCACAGGCAAGAACCUCGUCCCCCGCAAGAUCCGCAAGGACUACUGGCGCCCGCUCGCCAUGAUCGAGCUGGCCGACAAGGAGCAAGGCGCCGUGGGCCGAUCCAUCUACCAGAAGCUGCGCGAGUUCAAGAAGCGGCACGAGCUGGACUGGGCUAACGAGGCCGAGGAAGGCCGCAAGCUGAUGCACAAGUCCAAGCGCGAGCGCGGCCAGGAGCUCAACGACCAGAAGCCCAACAGCGUGGCCGACAUGGCGGCCGUGCUGGCGGGAGCCGGCAAGGGCAACCUCAUGUGGGCGGUGUCUCGCGUUGGGCCUUCGUCAGAAAUGGUGGGCGAGAUCAAGAAGGCGAGCGGGGCGGUGGAAAAGGGUGCUGUUGUCGACGUCAAGAGGCAGCUGAGAAGCGCGACGGUGUACUGGGCCAACGAGCAGGAUAAGUUCCAUGCGAGGGAGUGGAGCGAUAACGUCAGCCAUGAGGUUGGUAUUCCCGGCGAGGCCGAGAAGAAGAGGAUGCCUAUUAGGAUGAGCAGCGAGUAAAGGGUGAUGAUCAGUCAUGGAAGGGGCUGAAUGGGGUGGAAGAGAAAUGGAGGAGUGCGAGUUCCGUUGAGGUGCUCUCCGGUCGGAAGAAGGAGAUGUGAGGUUGUUGAGCCGCAGACAGCGGGGUGGAUGUGAGUGAGGACAACCAACCUGGAAAUGGAAAGUUCUCUUGAACAGUUUCAUGCCACCCUUCUAGGCCAUAAACCAUCAUACCCCGGGUGUACAAUUGUAUCUGUAUCAUCAUAUGUGUGGUUUGGGUAAAAACAGGUCGGUCGAUUGAUAUCGCUGACCUGUGUUUGUAUUCAUAGUUCUCUGUAAAAAUGACUAUUUUGUGCAAAGCCGCAGUGU